GAUUCUGCAGAUGCUUCAUCUUCGAUCACGCCUAGCACAGUCAGAAAAAUCAACGUUGGUGCUGCUGUAGAUUACGUUGGAGAACUUGUAUCUGUCGCCGGUAGCUUUGCUCCCAUUGCUGGCUUUGCAGGUCGAUCAUCUGUGUUGCAGACCGGCCCAAUGGAAUAUUCUAUAGACAGUGGCAGUUCCGUAAUUCCUUCCAAAACCCAAGCGUCUUUCAUAUCCUCUCUGCAACAUCACCCACCACCAUCAUCAUCACACAUGGCGCAAGAUAGCACCCGCCGUCCUCUUAAGAUUGUCGCCGGUGAUGAUGCCUUCGGCUGCAACCUCAAAGACGCCCUCGUCGCUCACCUCCGUUCGCUCGACAUCGAAGUUGAAGACAUCGGCACCGGAAAAUACUACUCCAUCGGUGAAGAAAUCGGCCGUCGCGUCGCAGCGCCGCAAACUCGAUGGCCUGCUACCAUCGAAACCCGUGGCCUCGUCGCUUGUGGCACCGGCGUCGGUGUCUCCAUCUUCGCCAACAAAUAUCCCGGCAUUUAUGCCGCCACAUGUGUAACAGCCGGCGAAGCUAGCAAUGCUAGAUCCAUCAGCAAAUGCAACGUUCUUGCUGUCUAUGGCAUGAACACCACCCCUGAGACUGGCAUAGAAAUCCUCAACUUUUGGCUUGAAACCCCCUUCAAAUCCCCUUGCCCUGCAUCAGGCAACAACCCGUCGCCCCAGGAAAUAGAAACCUUCCUCGACGAAUCGAUCUCCGAGAUGUCAAAGAUCGGAACUGAGGAGCCGGAGAAGCAGGAUACAUGUGCGAUUUGUUGUUUGGCUAAGAACAGGGAGUUUAGCCCUGUGGAAAUCAUGCCUGGUGGGUCGAUGAAGAUUGUCAGAGAGAGCCCAACAUCGGCUAUUGUGAGGUUUAAGGCUGGGAUUGUUGAACCAGCGCAUCAUCAUAAGUUUGGGCAUGAUUUGGUUGUGAUGAAAGGGAGUAAGAGGGUUUGGAAUCUGAGUAAGGGGGAGAAAUAUGAUUUGGGGGUAGGUGAUUUCUUGUUUACCCCUGCAGGGGAUGUUCAUAGGGUGAAGUAUUUUGAAGAUACAGAGUUUUUCAUCAGGUGGGAUGGACAUUGGGAUAUUUUCUUGGACGAGGAUCUUGAUGCAGCCAAAACAGCCAUUGAGAAGGACUUAAAUGCGUCUGUGUAACGUCUUUUUUUUUUUUUUCCCCUUUUAUUUAUGAAUCUGAGUUUGUGAUAAUGUGUUUUAUGUGGGUAUUUGUGAUGACAACUUAGUAUUUUCCUGAUGAUGGUGCUGUUUGUUAUUAACGUUGCUUGCUGUUAAUAAUAAUUUUAUAUUGAAGUUGCCUUGUGUUUAAG